UUAUCCAAACCCUCCUGCAUAAGACCUCUUCAAUGUACGACUUGUCUAAAUCAUCUGGGAGGAGGCAUGUCGAAGUUCACAUCGUUGAAGGGCUUGGUCAGUCUGGUGACGGGAGGGGCCUCCGGUCUGGGUCGUGCGACGGUGGAGAGGUUUGCACAGCAGGGGUCACGUGUCAUUCUGUGCGACCUUCCGUCCUCUGAUGGGGGGAAUGUAGCUAAGCAGCUUCAGAACUGCACCUUCCUCCCCGCCGACAUUACGUCGGAGAAAGAGGUGAAGGACGUCUUAAAAUCGACGUUGGAGGAAUAUAAAAGUCUGGACGUUCUCGUCAACUGUGCUGGGAUAGGCGUCGCCAGGAAAACAUACAACAUUCACAAAAAUAAGCCACACCCACUGGAAGAGUUCGAGAGAGUCCUGUUGGUGAACACACUCGGUACGUUUAACGUGAUCAGACAGGCAGUAAUAAUGAUGGCACAGAACGAACCGAACGAGGACCAGGCCCGAGGCGUGAUCGUCAAUACUUCCAGUGUGGCAGCCUUUGACGGACAGAUGGGUCAGGUGGCAUACUCCGCUAGUAAGGCGGCCAUUGCGGGGAUGACGUUACCUCUGGCUCGAGACCUUGGAGAAUUCGGGAUACGAGUCUGUACAAUCUGUCCUGGAGUUUUCAACACUCCGCUGUUAGCAGCUUUACCUAAGAAGGCCAUUGAUGCUCUGUCAGCAUCGGUUGUGUUUCCAAAGCGACUUGGAAAUCCUGAUGAAUUCGCUCAAAUGUGUCAGACAAUCAUAGAAAACCCUUACCUCAAUGGAGAAGUCAUUCGAUUGGAUGGUGCCCUGAGAAUGGUGUAACAAUCUUCAGUUUGUGAUGUCAAGGCUGUGAUUGGACAAACCUUAUGUCAUGUGAUGUGUCAUGUGAUGUACUAGUAUUAUGAGCAAAACUGUGUAGACUUCCUGUUUACAUUCAUAAAUUGACAUGCUGAGUGAGAGAGAUUCUUAUUUUAUUUACCGAGAGAAUGAUCUAUUGAAAUUGAAGUGACAUUAUUUCAUUAUUAAAAUCUUUUUGAGUAAACAUCAA